GAGUCCGUCUCAAAAAUGGAGGUAAAACCGCCGCCCGGUCGCCCCCAGCCCGACUCCGGCCGUCGCCGCCGCCGCCGGGGGGAGGAGGGCCAUGAUCCAAAGGAACCAGAGCAGUUGAGAAAACUGUUUAUUGGUGGUUUGAGCUUUGAAACUACAGAUGAUAGUUUAAGAGAACAUUUUGAAAAAUGGGGUACACUUACAGAUUGUGUGGUGAUGAGAGACCCCCAAACAAAACGUUCCAGGGGUUUUGGUUUUGUGACUUACUCUUGUGUUGAAGAGGUGGAUGCAGCAAUGUGUGCCCGACCACACAAGGUUGAUGGGCGUGUAGUGGAACCAAAGAGAGCUGUUUCUAGAGAGGAUUCUGUAAAGCCUGGUGCCCAUCUAACAGUGAAGAAAAUUUUUGUUGGUGGUAUUAAAGAAGACACAGAAGAAUAUAAUUUGAGAGACUACUUUGAAAAGUAUGGCAAGAUUGAAACCAUAGAAGUUAUGGAAGACAGGCAGAGUGGAAAAAAGAGAGGAUUUGCUUUUGUAACUUUCGAUGAUCAUGAUACAGUUGAUAAAAUUGUUGUUCAGAAAUACCACACUAUUAAUGGGCAUAAUUGUGAAGUGAAAAAGGCCCUUUCUAAGCAAGAAAUGCAGUCUGCUGGAUCACAAAGAGGUCGUGGAGGUGGAUCUGGCAACUUCAUGGGUCGUGGAGGAAUUGGAGGUGGUGGUAACUUGGGCCGUGGAAACUUUGGUGGAAGAGGAGGCUAUGGUGGCGGGGGUGGCAGCAGAGGUAGUUAUGGAGGAGGUGAUGGUGGAUAUAGAUUUGGAGGUGAUGGUGGCAACUAUGGUGGUGGUCCUGGAUAUAGUAGUAGAGGAGGCUAUGGUGGUGGUGGACCAGGAUAUGGAAACCAAGGAGGCGGAUAUGGAGGUGGUGGUGGAGGAUACGAUGGUUACAAUGAAGGAGGAAAUUUUGGAGGUGGUAACUAUGGUGGUGGUGGGAACUAUAAUGAUUUUGGAAAUUAUAGUGGACAACAGCAGUCAAAUUAUGGACCCAUGAAGGGGGGCAGUUUUGGUGGAAGAAGCUCGGGCAGUCCCUAUGGUGGUGGUUAUGGAUCUGGUGGUGGAAGUGGUGGAUAUGGUAGCAGAAGGUUCUAAAAAAAAUUCAGAAGAAAAGGGCUACAGUUCUUAGCAGGAGAGAGAGCGAGGAGUUGUCAGGAAAGCUGCAGGUUACUUUGAGACAGUCGUCCCAAAUGCAUUAGAGGAACUGUAAAAAUCUGCCACAGAAGGAACGAUGAUCCAUAGUCAGAAAAGUUACUGCAGCUUAAACAGGAAACCCUUCUUGUUCAGGACUGUCAUAGCCACAGUUUGCAAAAAGUGCAGCUAUUGAUUAAUGCAAUGUAGUGUCAAUUAGAUGUACAUUCCUGAGGUCUUUUAUCUGUUGUAGCUUUGUCUUUUUCUUUUUCUUUUCAUUACAUCAGGUAUAUUGCCCUGUAAAUUGUGGUAGUGGUACCAGGAAUAAAAAAUUAAGGAAUUUUUAACUUUUCAAUAUUUGUGUAGUUCAGUUUUUCUACAUUUUAGUACAGAAACUUUAACAAAAUGCAGUUUUGAAGGUGUUUCCUUGUGAGUUAACAAGUAAAGAAGAUCAUUGUUAAUUACUAUUUUGUAUGAAUUUUGCUAAAGUUAACUGUAAAGAAACACCUGCUGACUUGCAGUUUAAGGGGAAUCUAUUCUCCGCAUUUCCAAACCAUGAAAUGAAUGGGCUCUGACAUGUGGAGAGAAUAGAUAUUUGUAUGUUUGCAAUGUGUGUUUUAGAUAAAUAGAAUUGGGUAUUUAAAUUAGCAUAUUUGUGAAUUUAAUAGCAUUAAGAUUUAUCUUCAAAUGAAAAAAAUCUCAAAAUUCUUAUUUGGUUUUUGUGCAUUUUCUUUCAAAAUGUAAUCAUACGAUUUUAGUGUGUUAGUUUUGCUGAGUCCUAGCCGUGUUUAGAACAUCUCCAUUCUACAUUCACCUUGGUCACAUGUGAACUGCCAUAGUUUUAUUUGGGUGUAAAGAAUGUCUACUGCCCUCUGUUUAAAUUCUGGAAAGGGGUAGUGGAUGUUAUCCCUUUCCCUUAAAAACCAUUCUUAAAAACUUCAAAAUACAGGACCACUAAGCCUGUUGUGUUUGAGCAAAUUAGUGGCUAUCCUUUUUUUUUCUUUUCUUUACAAAGCACAAGAGGCCCAUAAGUCUUCAGUUACUUUCCUUGGUUUAAUAUAUAUAUUUUUUUGAUACAAGCUUUCAGAAGCAAGAGAAUAAAAAUCAUGCAUUGUUGAACCCUUAACUGGCUGGCAUGCUUUCCUGUUUUGUACCCUCUCUGUUUUAUUGGAUAAAACCAAGGACAGUCUAGAUGAAAUCUCAAAUGACCUUACUGCAGUAGAAGUGUAGCACAGUUGCUUAGUACAAACUUCUCACUUCCCAGAGACCUGAACUCAAAUUUGAAUAAUCUUGAGUUGUUCUUGCUCACUCAAAAUCCAAAAGAACACACUGUUAUUCCAUGUGUAUGCUUGAACCUAAAUCGUGUUGGUAUGAGUUAACAGUUUGGUUUGGAAGACCUUGGUUGAGAAGAGUUUCAGAUAAGGUCAUAUAUAUAAACACCAAUGUCUACUGUUUUGCGCCAGCUAGUGCUUACAAUUUCAUUCAAGCCCUAAGUUAUGUGCUCUGCUGUUGUUCUUUCUUUGGCAGUUGAACGUUGAAUUCGAGAUUAUUUUUGUUUUCAGAAGUACUAAGCAAAAUAAGCAAUAAAAAGGGGAAUGGGGUGUGCUAGUGUUUGAAUAUGCUCUCUUGUUGCUCUAAUUCUGUGCCUCUGUGCAUUAUUAAUAUUUGGAUGCAUGCAAUGCCAGCAUGGAAAUCGGUCUUCACAGAUACUGAAGUUUUCCAGAAAACACUCACAAACCAAUAAAUGUAACAGACAACAUUCCAUUUGUUAAUGGACAUAUGUGAAUAAGCAGCAUAGAAAAUAGGCUAAUAAUUAGAAAAUGGUUAAGUCUUUAACAACUUCAAAUGUGGUUAUAUAAAUGGACACUGUCAAUGUUCAUAACUUAAACCUGGGUACCUGGUCAAAGUACUGCUUGGGAAACAUUAAAAUUGAGCUAAAUUGUCUCAAGUUCUUUUAUUCAUAUAAUAAAGGUUGAAGGAAUGGGGGAGAUUAA